GAGACGUUAAUCCCGCUUUAUAAAGAGCCUAAGCGACCCAAACGAAUUACUCUAACUUGGCAUUAGAACUAUAGCCCGAAAGAGCGCAUCUCGAAGCGCCGAGGCCACUACUCAGAAUCGAAAACACCUCAACUGUCUUCAUUUGAAUCGCAGAGUGCUUACACACAACGUGAUUCCCGCAGAGAGGAGGACACCAUGUCUCGCUCGUGGGCACGGGGAUCUCUGAUCGUUCUGGCCAUUAUUUCCUUUGGAUGUUUGUUUGCAAUUUCCAUUGCAAAAGAGGAAGCAACCAAAUUAGGAACAGUUAUCGGGAUAGACCUUGGAACAACUUAUUCCUGUGUCGGUGUUUACAAGAAUGGCCAUGUUGAAAUCAUAGCCAAUGAUCAAGGUAACCGUAUCACCCCAUCAUGGGUUGCUUUCACUGACAGUGAAAGAUUGAUUGGGGAAGCCGCGAAGAAUCAAGCAGCUGUCAACCCAGAGAGGACUAUCUUCGAUGUCAAGAGACUUAUCGGAAGAAAGUUUGAAGAUAAAGAAGUUCAGAGAGAUAUGAAGCUUGUUCCUUAUAAGAUUGUGAACAAGGAUGGAAAGCCCUACAUCCAGGUAAAAGUCAAGGAUGGGGAGACUAAGGUUUUCAGCCCUGAGGAAAUUAGCGCUAUGAUUCUGGGUAAAAUGAAGGAAACCGCUGAAGCAUUCCUUGGGAAGAAAAUUAAGGAUGCUGUGGUCACUGUCCCUGCUUAUUUCAAUGACGCUCAAAGGCAGGCAACCAAGGAUGCUGGUGUCAUUGCUGGACUGAAUGUUGCAAGAAUUAUUAAUGAGCCCACUGCUGCCGCCAUUGCCUAUGGAUUAGACAAGAAGGGUGGCGAGAAGAAUAUCCUUGUCUUUGAUCUUGGAGGUGGUACAUUUGAUGUCAGUAUUUUGACCAUUGAUAAUGGUGUUUUUGAAGUACUUGCUACAAAUGGAGAUACUCAUCUUGGAGGUGAGGACUUUGAUCAGAGGAUAAUGGAGUAUUUCAUCAAAUUGAUCAAGAAGAAGCAUGGAAAGGAUAUUAGCAAGGACAACAGAGCUCUUGGAAAGUUGAGGAGAGAGAGUGAGCGUGCAAAGAGAGCUCUUAGCAGCCAGCACCAAGUCCGUGUGGAAAUUGAGUCGCUCUUUGAUGGUGUUGACUUUUCUGAGCCACUCACUAGGGCUCGUUUUGAGGAGUUGAACAAUGACUUGUUCCGAAAGACCAUGGGACCCGUGAAGAAAGCUAUGGAAGAUGCUGGCUUGGAAAAGCGUCAGAUCGAUGAGAUUGUUCUUGUUGGUGGCAGCACCAGAAUUCCAAAGGUACAACAGCUUUUGAAGGAUUACUUUGAUGGAAAGGAGCCCAACAAGGGUGUCAACCCUGAUGAGGCAGUUGCCUAUGGUGCUGCAGUACAAGGAAGUAUCUUGAGUGGAGAGGGUGGUGAGGAAACCAAAGAUAUCCUUCUCCUGGAUGUGGCACCACUCACCCUUGGAAUUGAAACUGUUGGUGGAGUGAUGACAAAGUUGAUUCCCAGAAACACUGUGAUCCCCACCAAGAAAUCUCAGGUUUUUACCACCUACCAGGAUCAGCAGACGACCGUCUCCAUUCAGGUAUUCGAAGGUGAGAGGAGCCUCACAAAGGAUUGUCGGUUGCUUGGGAAGUUUGACUUGUCUGGAAUCCCGCCUGCUCCAAGAGGCACCCCUCAAAUUGAAGUGACAUUCGAAGUGGAUGCAAAUGGUAUCCUGAAUGUCAAGGCAGAAGAUAAGGGCACUGGAAAAUCUGAGAAGAUUACCAUCACAAAUGAGAAGGGGCGACUGAGCCAGGAGGAAAUCGACAGAAUGGUUCGUGAAGCAGAAGAAUUCGCAGAGGAAGACAAGAAGGUCAAGGAGAAGAUUGAUGCUCGUAACAGCAUUGAAACAUACGUAUAUAACAUGAAGAACCAGAUUAAUGACAAAGACAAGCUGGCCGACAAGUUGGAGGCUGAUGAGAAGGAGAAAAUUGAGACGGCGGUGAAAGAGGCCCUUGAAUGGUUGGACGACAACCAGAACGCAGAGAAAGAAGACUAUGAAGAGAAGCUCAAGGAGGUUGAAGCUGUUUGCAAUCCAAUCAUCACCGCAGUCUACCAGAGGUCAGGUGGAGCCCCUGAUGGUGCCUCCGGCGAUGAGGAUGAUUCUCACGAUGAGCUCUAGACAUGUUUUAGUGGAUUUUCUCUAGAGACAUAGCUUAGAUGAAGAGUCUAUUUUUCUGAUGGUGGGAACUGAGGAUAAUUUUCCCCCUAUCCCUGCCUUUUUGGAGGCCUAGAUACUUCCCAGAAUUACUUGUAUCUUGUUUUGGUUUGUUGGUUUCUUUAACUUCUAUGACAAAAGGUACUUCAAAAUGGUCGGUCUCUCUCGCUGGUUUUACCUGAAGUGUCUGCCAGUAUAAAGCGCGUACUAGUUAAUUUCAUAAUUAAGCUAUUUUUUCCCCAUUCGGAGUGAUUAA